CAAUUUCGACACAACCACGACAGAAAAGAACGCAUUUGACGGUCCAUGACUACAAAAUAGAAAAGAGGGAUCAUUCGAAGCUACUGUUGUCUAAUAUUUUUCUGGUUGGAAUUGCACCUCUUGCUUGUCUGAAAGAUACGAGGAACAGUACCGAUAGGGAAAAUGAAGAACCAUGUAUUAUACAUAUUGGGAUAUCUCGCUUGCAUUCUCUGUUCGUAUCCUAACGGAGUUUCUGUCAGCGUCGACGGUUUAGACUAUCCGACGAAAAAGAGGAAAGUUGAAACCGCAUCUCGUCAGACUAAUCGGCAAGUAUGGAGGGUAGGAAAUAUCCGACUCGAUCCCCAGAGCGCGAACGAUGAAACGCCCGACCUCAAAACCAACGACUCCAAUUCUGGUGAAUCGAAGUUAAAGGCGAUUCCUAGUGAUGGCGUCGGUUCUGCCAGGAUGAUGACUGGUGGUAGAAACUUACUGCAACAGAAAAUCUGGAAUCGAUUAGAUGCGAUGGACAAAAUGAUCGUGGGGAACACGCUGCCUCUUGUUGGUCUCACUUCGAUUGUUCCAAUUGUCUCAAGCAUAGACCUCUUUUGGGUGAAUCAGCUUGGUGAUGCAUUGUCUGUAUCAGCGCAAUCAGCCGCCAACACGGUGUAUCAAUUCUCUUUCGGAUUGUUUUCAUUUUUGCCAAGUGUAACCGCCACCUUAGUUUCAAAAAGUUAUGCCAGUAAUGACAUGGAAAAGACGGAAAAUAUUAUCAUUACUGCGUUUUAUUUUGGUUUGGUGGCGAUCUCUAUCAUGUCGAUGUCGAUAUUUACAAAUCCAAGUCGGUUUCUUGGUACCGUUAUAAAGAGUAAGGCAUGAUUUGCCGGUGACGAUCUGAGUGUGUAGGUUGGCAAAGAGAGUUGAAUAUACUCAUCGAACAAAAUUUUUAUUUUUCGCUUGUAUACAGACGGAAGUCCGGCUCUUGCUAUAUCCGAGAAGUACAUGAGGAUACGUAGUCUUUCACUUAUACCCCAAAUGGUAACAUAUAUCUGUUUUUCUGCCUUUCGCGGCAUGCUUGGUAUGUCAUUUCGCGGCGCUAUUUCAUUGAUUUCUGAAAUUAGGUAUCUCUUCUCUAACGAAAUUUAUCUCUUGUGGAAAUUUCUGCUCCUCGGGUUAUCGUGAUGUUUUCCACAGUUUUCAACCCCUGUAUUAAAAUCACUUUGAUCGC